UAUUUUUAGAAAUGUAGUUUAUAUGUUAAUACUACUAUUUUGUAUUGUUAUUAAGUUUUGCUUAGUGACAAAACAGCAAAAGCACAUGUUCAAAAUAUGAGUAGUUGUUGUGUAGUGUUAGGAAUAUAGUAUUACCCAUAGACCAAUGGGGCAAAUAUUUUUGACGGACGCCAAAGGAGCACUUGUUACAAGCGAAUAGGAAUAAUCAACGACACAAACUCACCAUGGCGUCGUCAGGAGAGUGUGUCAAAGUCAUAGUGCGAUGUCGCCCCAUGAACAGCAGGGAGAAAAACUUGAACUGUAAAUGUGUUCUGGCCAUGGAGAGCAGUCGAGGAUCGUGCCAGAUCACUAACCCCGGAGAUGCGAAGGCCCCUCCCAAAGCGUUUACUUUCGAUGGCUCCUAUUUUACAGACUCCACAACAGAACAGAUUUACAACGAUAUUGCCUACCCACUUGUUGAGGGUGUGACAGAGGGCUACAAUGGCACAAUAUUCGCUUAUGGACAGACUGGAUGUGGCAAGUCUUUCACUAUGCAGGGAAUAACAGACCCCCCAUCACAACGAGGAAUUAUACCAAGAGCUUUUGAUCAUGUUUUUGAGACAGUGUCAGUUUCGGACGCAACAAAGUUCCUCAUCCAUGCCUCCUACCUGGAAAUUUACAAUGAAGAGAUCCGAGAUUUGUUGGGCAAGGAUGUAAAGGCUAAGCUAGAUCUGAAGGAACAUCCAGAGAAGGGCGUCUAUGUUAACAGUUUAUCUAUGCAUCCUGUACACAAUGUGAAGGAGUGUGAACGCAUCAUGGAGAAGGGAUGGAGGAAUCGGUCCACCGGGUCCACGUUGAUGAAUGCCGACUCAUCACGCAGUCACUCCAUCUUCACCAUCUGCAUGGAGAUGGCCACGGAGGAUGACGAAGGGGAGGAACAUAUACGUGCAGGCAAACUCAACCUGGUGGACUUGGCAGGAAGUGAGAGGCAGGGAAAAACAGGUGCCACAGGUGAUCGACUGAAAGAGGCCACUAAGAUCAACCUGUCUCUCUCUGCCCUGGGUAACGUCAUAUCAGCCCUAGUUGAUGGUAAGUCAAAGCAUAUACCAUACAGAGACUCCAAGCUGACCCGGCUGCUGCAAGACUCACUGGGAGGCAACACCAAGACCAUGAUGGUGGCGUGUCUGUCUCCUGCUGACAACAACUACGAGGAGACCAUCAGUACGCUCCGCUACGCCAACAGGGCCAAGAACAUCAAGAACAAGCCCAAAAUCAAUGAAGACCCUAAGGAUGCUCUCCUCCGAGAGUACCAGGAGGAGAUCGAGAAGUUGAAGGCCAUGCUGAUGGGUCAGAUGCCACUUGCUGAUGGCUUUUCUGGUGUACAGAAAGCAGCCCAGGCCAAGGCUAACAGACAGUCACCAGGGGGCGUCACACGGGAAGAGCUGGAGGCAGAGAAGGAGAGACUGAGAGAGGAGUAUGAGACACGGAUGGAUGACAUGGCAGAUAAGUAUGAGAUGGAGAAAGUUGGGAAGGCCAAGCUUGAAGAAGACAUGACCAAGCUCCGUAGCUUUUAUGAUGAACAGCUGCGGUCAGUGGACGGUCAGCUGGCUCACUUGCCUCCAUCAGCAGCAGUGCUUGGAGAAAUAGAGUGGUCACAAGAGGGAGUGAAGGACAAACAAUCUCCUGAAGCAGUAGGUGACAAUGAUGAAGAGGAGGAGGAAGAAGGGGAAUUUCAGGAAGAAAGACCAACGAAACCUCGGAAGAAGGCCCGGUCAGGGACUUCCACUAGAACCAGUGGACGUGAUGAACGUCCAGGAUCGGCAGCUCCACGUGAACGGCCGACAUCAGUGAUGUCCGCAAAUGACUUGCCAAGUGGACCGGAGAUGGAGUACAUGGACCCACAGGGCGAAGCAGUAGAAAGAGAGACAAUGGCCAGUCGUGGAUCUGAGGGUGAGAGUGCAGCUAGUCAGGUGCUGACCAACACCCCAACGGAUGCUCCUGGUCAGCAGCAGCAGCAGCAGCAGCAGCAGCAGGCCACUGGUCAGAUACAGUCCGAGGAGGCAGUCAGGAAACGUCUUGAGGAACUUCAGCAGCAGAUGGUUGGAGGAGAGAACAAGAACAACCGUGAGGUGAAGGAGAGGAGGAAGAAGAGGAAGAGAUAUGCUGAAGAGCGGAAACAGAAGCUUGCAGAGGCCAUUGCCAACAUGGAUGAUGAUGGCAUAAUGAUCGCCAUCUAUGACAACAUUCAUGAUGAAGUGAGAGCUAAAAACAAACUUCUGGAGAAGGAAAAAAAGAAGAUAGAGGCACUUGAGAUUGAGAUCACUGACCAGCGGUCUGAGUUUGAGUUUGACCGUAUCGACUACCUUGACACCAUCCGGAAACAGGAGAAGCAGAUGCUGUUGAUUCAGGCGCUUCUGGAACGUGUUCAGCCUUGUAUACGGAAAGACUGUAACUAUAGCAACCUGGAUAGGGUCAAGAUGACAUGCAAGUGGGAUGAAGACGGGCAUAAGUGGGUCCUCCCCAAAAUGACCAUCGAGAAAACAGCACUGCCAUCUAGUGGUCCUGGUGGAGGGAUGCCCGGGGCAUCUGGCAGGGCCUACGACCCACGAGGACCAAUGACAAAUGGAGACUCGUAUGAAGGGUUUGAUGACCAGAGACUUAAAGAGAAACUACGACAGAGUGAAGACAUUUCCAGCUCGUACUUCCAGUCACGCCGCACUAGUCAGCUGAUGCAGUCUCCAGAUCCCGUCAACAAGAUCAAUAUGCGUGAAAUCCGUGACUCCUAUGCCUCCAAUGGGAACUCAUUCUCACGAGCGGAGGAACCGGUCAGCCGGGAACUCCGAGCAGCCCAAGUUCACGGUCAACUACACAGUGAUGAAGGUGUGUUUCGGCGACCAAAUCGACUCGAUGCUUUACCAACAGUCUCCGGGAAGAAGUCCAAGAAGAAGAAGGGAACCUAUGAUUAUUGAUGCUGGCUGUUUUGUAGAAACACUGAAAACUGGGUUCAUCAGCCUUUUAUCACUGUUGUCAGGGACUGAUUUGAACUUAUCAACUGAUAUUGAGUCCCAUUUAAGAUUGUUGAACAUGAUAUGGAUGAUUGGGGUGGGGAUGGCUCAGUGGUUUAAGUGCUAACAUUUAUGUGACAAGAGCUGCUUAUAGUGGGUUUGAAUCCAAGAUAUCAUAUUUGUCUAUCACCUGUAUGACAUUUAUUUAUGCUGUCUGAAACUCACUGAUUACUUGGUGCACAAUGACAGGUUUUAUUCACGGGUUCCAUCACUUCUUCAGUUUACCUGUGUGUUCAGGUACUCUUUCAAAGUUGGCUCUGCAGAAGGAAUAUUUGCAAGGGAAAUAAUUUGUAGACCUUGAUUGCUACAGUACUAGUCCCUUGUAAUUCAAUGUUUGAGACAGUAGACAGGUCUGAAUACCAGACAAGUGACCCAGGUUGUGGCUGGUACACAGCAUCUUCAGGAAGCUCCGUCCCUUACCCACUUUAUAUCAUCGCUGCAACCUGAGUGCAAGUGGCCAAAACAAGAAUUUUGAACAUUUUCCCUCUUAUGUGGUGACAUUAAUGACUUCACAGAUGAAUUUCGGUUUGUUCAAUAAGAUCAGUUGGAAAUUGCAGAAUAAUGAAAAUGCACCCUUGCAUUCUUACUACAGGGUAGUUGAAAUGGAAAAUAAAUUCAAAUUGACAAAUUACCUCUGGGAAGACGUCACCCCCUUAAUUGUUUGAGUUGUGACAGUAUGGAGAGGUGCACCUGAGAUAAUGCAGUUUGCUGUGCAGAUAUGUCACUUAGCUUAUGGGUUCAAAUAUACGUAAGCACAUUCCCAUGCUUGUGGUAAAACAACUUUGACCUCAGUCACUUUGGGAUUUUUUCCCACAGUGUGAUGUUACUGAAAAACUGCUUUACGCAAUGCUCACUCAUCCACAUACCAUCUUUGUGGAGUCCUGUAGGUUUGACAGGAAGCUUACCACAUCUUCAUCUCGGAAUUGUACUGAGAUUUAUGGAUGCACCUAAUGUGUUGAAUGAUGUUCCAGCACACAUGUAUUGAUUUGUUGUGCCCUGGAGAAUUGUUUCCCUAUCUUCACUGUUUGUUAUAUCAAAGCAUAUUCAUGUGAUGUUCCUCGAUACUUUUCACAUUCCAAACACUUCUUUCCGUCCAUUUUACACUGAUUUUACACGAUUUAAGCUUUCCAUUGUUAAAGAAUUGUUCUGAUACGAUGUGAUCACUUUUAUAUGUGGACUAUGCAAUGUCUGUAUGCGAUAGUAACUUACAGUCUAGUCCUUGGUGUAUAGAACACUGGAAGUGAUACAAUGUCCUUCUGCAUCUGAAUCUAAGGAUGUUGUCAUUUGCUAUUGACCAGAUAUGUACGUAUGAACCAUGACUUGUACAGAUGCCAGGUUGUUGGAUAAAAUUGAUUCUACCCAUGCACAAAUGUGGAAAAAACAUGACUGUCUCCGUGCCACUUACAUCACCAAACACACAAAAUGUUUUUGAUUCAAUUUAUGAUCAUUUUAAGGGAGAGUUCAGAUUGAUAAAUGUUAGAAGUAAAAGUGCUUUUAGAACGCCUUUUAUUUUUUAUUAUGAGAAGGUUAUGCUUCAAACCCGCAUUUCUUUUAUCCAAGUCUUGUUUAAUAUCUCAAUUUCGGAACAUCCCUUAAGGGGGUAACAUUUAGAAGUUGGUGUAAAGGUAAACAAAUUUUGUUUGAGAACUGAGCCAUAUGGUUUAUUGAUUUAUCAAAAACAUUGUUUACAUAAUGCAUACUCAUUUCAUCCAUAAUGAAUAUGAACUGAUCUGCAAACAAUGGAAAUACCUACUUACCUAAAAGCCAGUUAAGAGAAUGCGCAAAUCCAAUGUUGAAUACAUUGAAGAUGAUAAUACGGAGAAUCAGCCAUAAUUCGAAAACAAACAUUGGUUACUUGAGAAGAAAUUGUUUAUAUUUGUUACUUUGUUGGUAUUUCUCAAAUGUUUUAUAUUUGUUAAAGAUUUGGUUAAGGUUUAACCUACUUUUAAUGUUUAAUGUUAAAACCUACAUCAAUUUUUCCGUCCAGGUUUUUUAACUUUUCAAAUAUGUUGAGACCAACUGUUUAUCUUAAAACUGGUGAACAUGACACAAAUUAUACCAUUGUAAAUAGUCCUGAUACUUGUUGUACCCCGUGGUAUUCAUCAUCAAUGUUAUCUUUUAUCGCUUAUAAAAUAUAAUUUCAUAUGUUCAUUAUUAUCAUCUACAAUCAUUUUUCCAAUGCUUUAACUUAUUUACGUGGUUUUAGGGUCUAAAUAGGGUCACUCACAUGAAUCUCACAUUCUCAACAUGAAUUGGUAUUGAACAUAUUUCCAUAUCAAAGCUUUCUGUCUGUCAUGAUUCACCGACACAAGAUUGUUUUUAUUUGUUAAGAAAUCAUAUGCUUCGCCCAUUUUGGAAUUAUCUGAUCUGCUAUCAAUAUUUCUCCCUUGACAAGGGGCGAUCGGGUAGCCUGGUGGUUAAAGCGUUCACUUGUCAUGGCGAAUCACCACUUGGGUACAAUGUGUGAAGCCCAUAUUUGUGAUACUGCUGCGUGAAACCAUACUCACUCUCCCUUGACAAAACUGUUACCGUAUAUAUCACUGAUUAUAAUGCGAGCUUUUGGUACCAAGAGGGGGUUGUCCUGUGCACAGGGUAGAAGAUCUCGCAUGUCACCAGCUGUUUCAGGUUUCACUGCUGAUGUCAUCCCGCGUCGGAAGCAAGCUGGCACUGACGAUUUUGUCUGAAAAUACUACUACAACAUUAUAAAUACCAGUUUGUGUGAUAUCCUUAUCCAUACCAAAAAUAUUUUCUGCAAAGCUAGCCCAAAGACAAUCACAGAUGAGGUAUAUUAGUUAGCACUGAUUUGGAUGGUUUCCACUGGGUUGUAGUGGGGUGUCACAUUAUAGGUGGGGAUGUAUUAUAGACGGUGAUAUACGGUAUAUAUUCUUGCCCAAUGCCUUUACAUUUCAGUCCUGUAAGAGGUGACUAACGGGAUCGGGUGGUCAGGCUCACUGACUUGGUUGAUGCAUUUUAUCGAUCCCAAUUGUGUGGAUCGAUGCUCAAGAUAUUAAGCACUGGAUUGUCUGAUCCAGACUCAAUUAUUUACAGACCGCCAUCAUAUAGCUGGAAUAUUGCUGAAUGCGAUGUUAAACAACAAACCAACCAACAUGUCUGUCCUCCCAUGUAUUCAAGAAUUGUGAUAACAUUUAUGUCUAUAACAUCUUUUUGGGGGGGAUGAGUGCUUUAGCCGAGGUUUCAAAUGUAUGAAUAAAAGGUGUUCACAAGAUAAAUGAACUGUGUAUAGAAGUUUGAGAAUUUAAGUAAAAACCUUCUGAUUUAUGCUUAUUUUUUUUAUUGACAUCUAUUCCUAGACUAGACUUCAUGCCAAAUGUUAUACACCACAGAAUGAUCUGUAUGCAGAGAAUUUUCAAUCAAAAUAGUAUGUUGUGUGUGAUGUUGCCCGUCUGCCAAAUGUUUAUCUGUGAAAAAGAAUUUUACUUAUUCAUUCAUUCCCAGUUAAGUGAUGGUGAUGCCAGAGCAAUGUUCCACUAAGAUGGGUUAUGAUAGUCAUCAUGCUGGGAUGACCUGGGACAGAAUAGGUCCCCAGUCAUCACGCUUGUUAAAGAUUGAACUGAACUGGGGGUUGCUUGUCUACAACAUCCCUUUCUGUUUUUGAUGGUUUACAAAAAUAUAACGACGAAACAGAAGACAUUUGUUCAAGAAUGAACACUGGUUGAAACAUUCCACUAAUGGACCAAAUUACAUAAUGCCAGAAAAAACUCACAAGAGUUCACUUUGUUAUUGCUCACUCAAGUUAUAUUAUAUGUAAUCUGUCUGGAAAGGUUAUGCUAGUGUAUGCUGGGAUGUGGUGCAUGUUUUAUCACAAUGUUUUAUCAUCGAAAACUGGCUUUGACAGGAAAUAUUGCUACAAUGAAAUGAUGCUAUACAGGCCAUUGUGAUGUCAUCGGUUACCAUGACAUCAGAAUCAAAUGACAUCACAAAUCUCUGAAGCUGGUUAGCUGUACUUUUUACACUCAAGACACUGAUACUAAAAAAGUAGGCAGAAUGAUUUUGGAUGAUGAAUAGAAUCUCAUAUCAAAAGACACUCAGGUAAAAUAAAAAUGGACAGAUAUAUGAAAAUAAUAUUAUCUGUGUGACUUUAUCAUUGCAGUGUCACAACAUUCCAGUUUAAACAUUCUCACAUUUUUUCAGAACCCUGGGCUCUUUAAGCUGAAUUUCACAAUCAUUGGAUAUGAUGUAAUGUUAAUGUAUGUACAAUGUUAUUAUGUGAUAUUUAUGUAAAUAGUACAAACAAGGCCAUCCGUGAAGAUCCGGGUUAGAAUAGGUCUUCAGCAACCUAUGCUUGCUGUAAGAUGCGGCUUACAGGAUCGGGUGGUCAGGCUCGCUGACUUGGUUGAUGCAUGACAUUGUGUCCAAAUUUGAUGCUCAUGAUGUCAAUUACUAUUUUGUCUGGUCCAGACUUGAUUGUUUACAGACCGCCGUCAUAUAGUUGGAAUAUUGCUGGGUGUGGCGUUACACAAAAACAUAAAACAAAACAAACUAGGCAAAUGAAAAGAAUUGCUAAGAUGCAAGUCAACGACCUAUAUCAGAAUCACAGGGCUGCAGCCGGAAUGUAGUUCUGGUGAGAAUAUCCUUGAAACUAUAUAAAGGCAUAUUGUGUUAGUUCAGAUAGAAAUUCCAUAUUUUGCGAGGGAUUUUGCAAUAAUAGUGAUAUACUUAUUGAUUUGCUUAGACAGUUGAGAAGAGUAUUUUUCAAGAUGAUUGUAUUAUUGUUUUUUCAUUUGUAUGAUGUUGAGAUUCACAAUCUAUACAUUGUCUUUCAUCACUGGCUGAUCACAUCAUCAUAUGAGUUGUACACAUUAUUAUGUUCCAGAUGUUGAUAAAAGUGUGAAGAAACUGGA